AACAAAACCCCUCUCAGGUGACAAAGUUCCACAAACAUCACGUCACUUCCUUCCUAAAGAAAGGGGACACCCCCAAAAAGAGCCUCCGAGCAGCCGAUAUUCACCGUUUAUAUUAACUUGCCCUACAUAUCGCUACCAUGAACAGGUAAAGUCGUGUCGUGGGGGGUUUAAACAGUUUUCUGCGUCUUCUGUCACGGCAUAUACGAUCUCGCUGUUUAUACGAAUCUGACGGAACUAACCGGGAACUGUCGAAUUUGAAACUUUUUUUCCCUCUUUCCUCCAUUCAUUCCACAACACCAAGAGUUAAGGUGAGAAAUAUCCUAAAUAAAAUAAAAAAACACUCGUGCCAGAGUUUGUUGUCAUUUUUUGUCCGCGUUAUUAACCGGUGACUUUGUUGAAGCGCGCGACGCUCCGGGAUGUUUUUACGCGACUUUAAACGCACCUCGUCCGUGAUUUGGGGAUUCCUUCUGGACCUUUAGCUCUUCUGGAAAGACAUGAGCUCUGGAAAUGGGUCUGUGUUUGGGCUCAGAGGUGACAACAGAGGAGGACAAGAAGGCGAAGAUCCACAGCUCGCAGAUAGACAGAGACCUGUACGAGUACGCCAAGAGGGAGUUGAACGUGGUGAAGAUCCUCUUGCUGGGUGCUGCAGAAGGUGGAAAAAGCACUCUGGUCAAACAGAUGAAGAUUAUCCACAGUCAUGGAUUCACCAAACAGGAGCUUACCAGCUUUAAGCCGGCGGUGCUUGAUAAUCUGCUGACCUCCAUGAAGUUUGUCCUGCACGGGAUGGGUGUCCUCCGCAUCAACCUCGCCAACCCAAAAAACAAGGUUCACGCUCACUCGGUUCUCUCGUGUGGCCGUUGUUUUGAUGAAGACCAGAUGCUGUUCCCCUUCAUAGCCCACGCCCUUUGCUGUUUGUGGGCGGAUCCGGGUGUGCGUUCGUCUGCGGCACGCGGAUACGAGUACGAACUCAAUGACUCAGCACUAUAUUUUUUCGAGAACAUGAGCAGGAUCAUCGCUGACGAUUACAUGCCGACAGAGACGGAUGUUUUGAGAGUGCGACUGAGAACCACAGGAGUGAUCGAGACACAGUUCAAAGUCAAACACCUGGUCUUCAGGAUGUAUGACGUUGGUGGUCAGCGGACGGAGAGGAGGAAGUGGAUCAGCUGUUUCGAGUAUGUGAGGUCUGUGCUGUUCGUCGUCUCUCUGAGUGGAUAUGACAUGACGCUGGUAGAGGAUCCAUCUAUGAAUCGCCUGCAGGAGAGUCUCAAGCUCUUCUCUUCAAUCUGCAACAACAUCUUCUUUAGGGGCACCUCCAUGGUAAGAGACGAGUCUAUUAACAGGGAGAGCUCCUCCAAUCUCCUCCAUUUAACUCAAGAGGCCACACUAAACAUAUGA